AUGACGAAGUAUAAAUUGAAAUUUAAAGCUAUCUUUCCAUGUGAAUCCACUGAACAUCACAAGUUACAGUAUAACAUGUAUUUAAGUAAAACAUCUCCAACUCAAUUUAAACUAAAGGGCAAUAUGACUUUGCUUAUUCCAUACGACGAUUCGAUUAAUAUUAACAUCAAUAUGGCGGAAAAAGGAUCAAUUGGUGGCUGUAAAGAUAAUGCACAUGUUUACACCACGACUAAUGCUUGUUCGAAAAUGAAAUUUUUAUUUGGAGAUUCGUGGGACAUUUAUAUUCAUGGAUUUCAUUUUCCAGAUUUGGAAUGUCCAAUAAAACCGGGUGUUUACGUGUCAUCUGGAAUUGACAUUGACAAAAUGAUGAAUACUAAUUUCCCUAAGACAUUUUUUUACGGAGAGUACAAAAUGAUAUUACGUUAUCAAGUAGUUUUGCCAAAAAACUUGGCUGUUUUGUAUUAG